CACAGGCCAGCGCCACCUCCCGGUGCUCUGAGUCACCGCCGGAAGCCGGCCCGAAAGCAAAGCGGGCGUGAAGCGUCCACCAAGCCGGAACAGCAGCGGCCGCAGCAGUAGAAGCGGCAGCAACAGCUGGAAUCUCGCAGAGACAUCUCCUCUUGAAAAAAAAUAUCUCAGAAGGAAGCUUCAAAGGAACCAUUCAACAGUGAAGCGGCUCCGGUUAAAACAGACCUUCACUGAUGGAUGAUCUCUGUGAAGCAAAUGGCACUUUUGCCAUCAACUUAUUAAAACUGCUGGGUGAAAAGGACAACUUGCGAAACGUGUUCUUCUCUCCCCUGAGCCUCUCCUCUGCCCUGACCAUGGUCUUAAUGGGGGCCAAAGGAAACACUGCGGCGCAGAUGUCCCAGGCACUUUGUUUGAACAAAGGUGGAGAUAUUCACCAAGGAUUCCAGUCACUUCUCAUGGAAUUGAACAAAUCUGGCCCUCAGUGCUUGCUCAGAACUGCCAACAAACUCUUUGGGGAAAAGACAUGUGAUUUCCUGCCAGCUUUUAAGGAAUCCUGCCAGAAGUUCUAUCAGGCAGACCUGGAGGAACUGUCCUUUUCUAAAGACACUGAAGAAUGCAGGAAACACAUAAAUGACUGGGUGACGGAGAAGACUGAAGGAAAGAUUUCAGAGAUCCUGGGGGCUGGGGCGAUCGGUCCUCUGACUAAGCUGGUCCUCGUGAAUGCAACCUAUUUCAAAGGAAAGUGGAAUGAGCAAUUUGACAGAAAGCACACAAGGGGAAUGACCUUUAAAACCAACAAGGAGAAGAAGACAGUGCAGAUGAUGUUUAAGCAAGCUGAGUUUAAAAUGGGGUAUGUGGAGGAGGUGCGCGCCCAGGUCCUGGAGCUGCCCUACGCGGAGCAGGAGCUGAGCAUGCUCAUUUUACUGCCUGACGACAGCACGGAUCUCGCUGAGGUGGAAAAGGCACUUACAUAUGAGAAGUUCAGAGCCUGGACAAAUCCAGAAAAGCUGACUAAGGAUAAAGUUCAAGUUUUUCUUCCCAGAUUAAAGCUGGAGGAGAGUUAUGACUUGGAGACUUUUCUUCGAAGUUUAGGAAUGACUGAUGCUUUUGAGGAAGCCAAGGCCGACUUUUCUGGAAUGUCAGCCAAGAAGAACGUGCCCAUGUCCAAGGUCGUGCACAAGUGCUUUGUAGAGGUCAAUGAGGAGGGCACGGAGGCAGCUGCGGCCACUGCCGUGGUCAGGAACUCCCAGUGCAGCAGAAUUGAACCAAGAUUUUGUGCAGACCACCCUUUCCUUUUCUUCAUCAGGCACGAUGAAACCAACAGCAUUUUGUUCUGCGGCAAGUUCUCUUCUCCAUAAAGGGCUGCAGUCAUUGUACAUCACUCUGCCCACCCUGCCUUACUUCAAAUUCCCUGUGACCAAAUUGAUGCGGUGGUUUGAAUACCAAAAUAAAGUGUAAUUAUGAUAA